AUGAAGCUGACGUUUGUUAUUAAUUGGAUGGUUGUGAGUUGUAUUGACUGGACGAAAAUAAAGUGCUCAGAUCCGAAGAAAUGCGAAGACUUGCAGUACAGACUCAAAACUUUCCAUGAUAGCCUAAACGAUUUGGAAGAUAUCUACAGCGGCUACGAAAACGCAUUCCGUCCAGCUGAGAAGAAUGACGCGACCGUGAAGAACAUGCUUCGCUAUCUCAAUCGCGUUUAA